CUUUUAGGAACGAGACACGGAGGAUUUGUGACAUCACCAGUAGCUUUCAAAUAAUGCCUGCGACACCGCAAACGAGUGAGAAGGACGCGGAGAGAGCCGCAAGUCCUGAGAUGGCUGGAAAGACGACCAAUGCCUUCACGGUUCUAAUGUCUAAAAAGCCAAAAGAUUCUACCAAUACCCCAGAGCUAUCGCGAGACAGAACAAAGUUCCCCCGAGCCUUCCACAGUCGAGAUGCACUGGGCGCCUAUAUCGAGAGACCAGAAUCUUCGCCGGGGAUCGUGUAUCAUACUGAUGACUUCGUCGCGAUAAGUGAUCUCUACCCGAAAGCUAGCAUUCAUCUUCUUCUCUUGCCGAGAGAUCCAUCGAAAUAUCGCCUCCACCCGUUCGAUGCAUUUGAAGACCAUGAAUUUUUGACAAAAGUCCAGGCAGAAGCCCAAAAGCUUCGGAAGACAGCAGCAUCAGAAUUGCGGCGUCGUUAUGGCAAAUAUUCUGUGUCGGAAAAGGCUCGCUCGGAAGCCAUGGAUGCCGAUCCCGCUCCCGACGAGCUACCCCCGGGGCGGGACUGGGAGAAAGAGAUAAUGUGCGGCGUGCAUGCUCACCCAUCGAUGAAUCACUUGCACGUCCACAUCAUCUCCAAGGAUAGAUGUAGCCCGUGCCUGAAGCACAGAAAGCACUACAACAGUUUCUCCACACCUUUUUUCGUUCCCAUAGAUGAUCUGCCACUCGACCACCACGACGCCAGGAGACACCCCGGAAGAGAAGGCUAUCUCCAGCAAGACUUAAAAUGUUGGAGAUGUGGAUCCAACUUCGGAAACAAAUUUACGUUACUUAAGGAUCACCUCAAUCAAGAAUUCGAAACAUGGAAGUGCUAUUAGUGCCGACCCUCCAAUUUUGCAUUUUCUAUUCUACGGGAACUAAGUACAGACCAACCCGCCAUGUUUACUCUUGGUGGAGCUCAUGUUUAAGUCUGGAGAACUGGGGUCUCGAGAUGAUUGCAUCUAUUCCCAGGACUUUGCUCUUCCAGCGAAAGGUCUUUCGCGCUAGUUUUAAGUAUUCAAUCUCCUUCUUGAGCUGCUGCCACUUACGUAGCACGAGAAUGUCUUCUCCAGCAAUAUCUUGAAGGACGUCCGGGGACAGUUGCUGGUAGAAGUUGCCGACAAUAAACUUGAACGGCGUUGUGGGACCUGUCAAGAGAUGGUUGUGUAUCCCUUGCAUGGUUACGGUAUCGAUGAGCCGCUUAUGAGUAGUAUCAUAGGAUGACUCCAAAAUAUCGUGGAUGUCUUAGGCCGCGUUAUCCGCGUUACGCAACGGAUGAGUGUCUCAGAUCCUUUUUCUUGAUAGCCUAAAGUACCCUGUCGCCUUUCUCAAUGCAGGAAACCUCAACCUUGUCGAAAUGCUCUUGGCUUUGCAUGUUCUGACUGUGAGUCAAGAUUGGCCAUGUAUUCAUUCUUAUUAUACAAGUCUGAUCAGAUUAUACUCACAAAUUUUCUAGUUUGUUAACAAAUAAGUAGUCCUCUUUAUUUUACUCUGCCAGCUAGUUGCACUGUCAAUACACACUGGACCCGUUGAAGAGUU